CACGACCUUCGCUUUCUGAGUGCGCUGCGACAAUCAUGGCGGCGGUUCAGGCUGUGCUCUCUGCUCUCGAUGUCUUCGGCCGUGCACCAGACAAAGCGGCCCUAGAUCAAGCCAAUACCUGGCUACAAGAUUUCCAGCAUUCCCGCGAUGCAUGGGCGACCUGCAACGUACUGCUGCUGUCUCCGGACGCGCCUCCGGCGGCGAAGCUCUUCGCAGCGCAGACAUUCCGGGCGAAGGUGACAUAUGAUCUCUACGAGAUGGAUCCAGCGGACAUCUUCCGUCUUCGCGAUACCCUCGUAACAGCUCUGGAGACAUACCAUGCCGGCCCUCGUACGAUCAUGGUGCAGCUCUGUCUCGCGAUCUCGGGGCUGGCCCUCCAACUCCCUGCGUGGGAGGACCCGGUGCAGAACAUGAUCGAUUCGUUCGGAAGGAAUCCGGCUACAGUCCCCGCGUUGCUGCAAUUCCUCACUAUCUUGCCCGAGGAGCUUUGCACGAACACUAAAAUCCCUGUCACGGACGAUGAAUACAAGGAGCGAGCUAACACGCUGCUCACUUCCAAGGCAAAGACGGUGGUGGACCUACUCUCGAUGUACUUGCAAGCACCAGGUGUUACGAGCACAAUACAGGCUCAGAUCUUUGCUUGUCUCAGCAGCUGGCUUGCUGCUGGGGAGGUCACGGCCGUGUCUUUGGUUGACAGUCCGCUACCAGGAUUCGCUUUCGAUGCACUGGUGUCAGAUGAGCUAUUCGAUACCGCGGUGAACGUGAUCUGCGACCUCAUCCAUGAGACCCAGGAGGUUGAGGAGAACAUGCCGAUGAUCGAGCAGCUCGUUCCUCGCAUCAUUGCGCUGCGGCCCAAGCUGACGGAGUACAAAGAAGACCCCGAUAAAAUCCGUGGAUUGGCCCGCAUCUUCACCGAGGCAGGGGAGACAUACCGCAGCCUCCUGCUCCAUCAUCCAGAGACAUUCUUCCCCAUUGUCGAAGCCAUCGGCGACUGUACUGCAUAUCCAGACUUGGACAUCGUCCCGAUUACCUUCCACUUCUGGAUGCGGCUCGCGCAGAACAUCGGCAAGAAGCCCUCCGUUCCUGCCCCGUUCCUCGAUGCGUACAAGGCCCUUAUGGGUGUGAUCAUCCAGCAUCUCCACUUCCCGAAGGAUUUCAGCACCCUAACCGGGCAGGAGGCAGAGAACUUCCGCUCGUUCCGGCAUGUAAUGGGCGACACGCUAAAAGACUGCUGCUACGUGCUCGGUGCAGACGCCUGCCUCCUCGCUACGUACGACAUGAUCACUGCGGCACUCGCGCGGGGUCCGAACGCGAUUUCCUGGCAAGAGAUCGAAGCACCGCUCUUUUCGAUGAGGUCAAUGGGGGCCGAGGUUGAUCCCGCAGACGACAAGGCGGUCCCGAAGAUUAUGGACCUCAUCCCGUCGCUACCAGCGCAUCCCCGUGUUCGCUACGCCGCACUCCUCAUCAUCUCGCGGUACACGCAGUGGAUCAACAGACACCCGGACUACAUCCCGUACCAGCUGCAGUACAUCUCUGCUGGCUUCGAUGAUACCGAUACCGAGGUGAAUGCAGCAGCGGGACAAGCGCUGAAGUACUUGUGCGAAGAUUGCAAGCAGCAUCUUGUCGACUUCCUUCCACAGUUGCACCAGUUCCUCGCAACAGUUGGGCCGAAGCUGGUGCAAGACGACAGGCUCAUGGUGUAUGAAGCGAUUGCACAUGUCAUUUCGGCUAUGCCAAUGGAGCAGGCUGCCCAGUCUCUGCGCACCUUCUCUUCUGACAUCCUGGCCCAAGUGCAUACAAUCGCUGCUAAGCCGACUCCUGCAACGAAGGAGGAGCUACAAUCCGUCUGCAACGCCCUCGAGAGCCUCGAGGUCAUGUUGGGUGUCAUCCAGACCUUCGGUGAAGAUCUCCCAGUGGCUUGCCAAAACAGCGUACAAGAAGGCUGGAGCUUCUUCGAUCCGUUCAUCGUGAAGUAUGGGUCGGACUACGCAAUUUGCGAGCGUAUCACACGAGUCCUCAGGCUCGCUCUCACGUUCUUCGGGGGAAGGGCGCGACCGAUCCUACCAUUCGUAUUGAAGCGGAUGUCAGAUGCGUUCGAGGUCACAGGAUUCUCGAGCUACCUGUGGAUAGUUGGGAAGAUCAUCGGCCGCUUUGGGAACGACGAGGAUCCUGCGUUGCGUGCAGCGUUGAAGGAAGUGUUUGAGCAUUCAUCGAACAAGCUCGUUCAAUUGCUCCAAGAGAAGACUCCCGCUAGUAUUCCGGAUGUCAUGGAAGACUACCUGCACAUGCUGCUCCAAAUGCUUGACUAUGCCCCCGACGUCUUCUUCCCCUCGCCCGCCUUCCCUGUCGCAUUCAAAGCUGCAUUGGCAGCGCUCACCGUUGUGCAUACUGAUAUCAUCUACGCAGCUCUAGACCUUAUUCGCGGGAUCGUCACUCAUGAGUGCCUCGUUCCGCCCGCAUCCGCACUACCACCGCCCAAGUUUCCGAUUUACGCCGCCGCCAUUAAUCCCGUCGUUCAGAAGGAUGGCCCGGAGCUGACGGGCUACCUCCUGUCAGGCAUGGUGGGGGACUUCCCCGAGGAGUCGACAUCGAUGGUCGUCACUAUAUUCCGGCAACUGGCCGCGCUCUGGCAGCGGGAGCUGCUCUCGUGGCUGCCUAUGGUCCUGCAACAGCUGCCGGUGACCGCUGUGCCUGACCAGUCGAAAACGCAGUUUCUUACGGAUAUGAGCAGCGCGAUCCAGUCGGCCGAGUACGAUCGGGUGAAACGUGCGAUCCUGUCGUUGCACCGGGCCUCGCGUAAGGCGCGCGACCGGAGACGAGCUGCGCCGUUUGAGGCGUAGGGGUGAUAGAGCGCAGGGAGAAGUAGUAUUUUGUUGUUGUAUCGUAGGAAGCCGUGUGCAAUGGAUAUAUUCACUGUC